AGAGAAAAGUCAGGGGACGGGCAAAAACAGCUCGGCAGCCAGCAGCGAUCAGACGGAUUUUGUUGUGAGUGCUGGGACAGGAAAAGAACCAGCUCAUUUCCUGUGUGUUUCUACUGUGUGUGUGUGACACUGCAUGCAGCUCAAGGUCAACAAGUUCCAGCAUCUAGCAGGGCCAGGGGAGAUGCCAUCAUCCACUGCGCGAUGUAGAAGUGUGAGGAGGAUGUGAGGCCUCGGAUUACUCUGCUGUCUGGUUCUGGUCCGGCUGUAGCAGGGGGGAAUGGGCCCGGCCUCGCUGCAGGAGGAGUCCAUGUCCAAGAGCAAGGAGGAAGAGAUGGAGAGCUACCGCUACCUCCUGCAGGCCGGCUCCCUGCUGGAGAACACACUGCAGCAGGUAACUGUUCCAAUGAGCAUUAAGGAGGCCGGAGGCUACAUAGAGAAGCAGGUUGCAUACCUGUCAGGUGGGCGUGGAGAAGACUCCAGCGUGAUCAUCACGCUCCCAGAAUGCUCAGCUUUCCGGGACAUACCAGAGGAGGCCUUGGCUCAAGUCUUCACGUACCUCACGCUCAUCCCUCGGACCAGGCAACCAGGAGUCAAGUUUAUCAUCAUUUUAGACCGGAGGCUGGACACGUGGGCUUCUAUCAAGACUGCACUUGCCAGAAUAGCAGCCUCCUUUCCGGGGAACCUCCACCUGGUCUUGGUGCUCCGACCCACCAGCUUCUUCCACCGCACCGUCACCGACAUCGGCUUCCGCUUUGGCCAGGAGGACUUCAUGCUGAAGAUGCCGGUGGUGAUGCUGAGCUCCGUCACGGACCUGCUGAAGUACAUCGACGAGAACCAGCUGACAUCCGAGUUUGGAGGCACUCUGGACUACUGUCAUAGCGACUGGAUCCUUUUAAGAACGGCAAUUGAAAGUUUUGCCGUCACGGUGAAGGACAUGGCGCACAUGCUGCAGGCCUUCGGCACCGAACUGGCCGAGACGGAACUACCCGGCGAGGGCGGCACCCUCGAGCGUCUCCUGGAGUCUCACAAUGACAAAUACAGGAAGCUGAAAGAGGCCAUUAGAUCUUUGUCCAGAGAGGGUCAGCACCUUCUCUCCAGCCUGGAGACAACCAGGGGGGACAGUGAUGACUCUCAGUGGGAUGUCAAGCUGGACUGGGAGACGGUUCAUCGGCUCCUCAAUCAACUGAGAGACAUGGAGUCAGCCUUUGAUGGCUUCUUUGACAAGCACCACCUGAAACUGCAUCAGUACCUGCAGCUGCUCACGUAUGAGAAAAGCUUUCAAGAGAUGGAGUCGUGUCUGGAGCGUCUGGCGUCUCAGGAGGGAGAGCUGUCCACACAUGUUGACACUCUGGCUCAAGCCGAGCAGGCUCUCAAACGGCUGGACACUUUGGAAUCGUUUGCGCAGGAAGUGACGUCACGUGCACAGAUGGUCAUCCUCCACGGCCACCAGCUUUCAGCAGGUCACCACUACGCCACCGCUCUCAUCAUGCAACGCUGCAACGAGCUGCGCCAUCACUGUGAUACCGUCGGUACCGCUCUGGCAACCAAACGCUGUCGUCUCCUGCAAACGCACCGAUUGCUGCUAUCUCUGGACCGGGCUCAGACCUGGUGUGACGAUGGAGCGUAUAUGCUGGCCAAUCAGCUGGUGGAGAAGUUCCAAUCCAAGGAGGGGGCUCAGGCUGCUUUGAAGGCCAUUGAGAGCUUCCUGGAAGGGGCGCCGUCUUUGGUGACAUCAGGAGCUGGCGUUCUGGCGCUGGAGUAUGAGGCCGUCAUCACCCCUCAGCUGCAGGUAAAGAUGGACAAAACCUUUGAGAAGCAUGCAGCCGUGCAGCAGAUGAUCCGGAACAGACAGGCCAGUCUCAGGAAGCUGGCUGACAAACACGUUCGACCCGUCCAGCUGGUGGCCCCCCGUGCUGAGAACCCGCCUCGCUCUAAAUCGCCCAUCUUCUCCCCCAAGCACGCGGAUGGUUUGAAAUUCACCUUUGACCUCCCGCUUCCUGGAAAGAGGAUGUCCCGCAAAGGCCCCAACCUUCGCACAAUCGAGGUCAUUCAUGACUACCGGGAGAGCCGCAGCUGCGUGACGUACGGCGUGGAAGGAGAGGACAGCCCGGACGUCCUCAAGCGUCAUGUGAUGAGGGAACUCAUUGAGACGGAGAGGAUCUACGUGGAAGAGCUGCUGUCGGUUCUUCUGGGCUAUAAGGCCCAGAUGGACAACCCGCUUCUGUCGGGUCUCCUGCCGCCCGCCCUGCGCAGCAAGAGAGGCGUCCUGUUUGGAAACGUGUCCGAAAUCUACAAUUUCCACAGCAGGGUGUUCCUCCAGGACCUGGAGGGAUGCCUGGAGACCCCUGAAGGUGUGGGAAUCUGCUUUCUAGCGAAGAAGGAGAACUUCCAAAUGUACGAAUGCUACUGUCAGAAUAAACCACGUUCGGACGCUCUGUGGCGACAGUUCUCUGACUGCGCCUUCUUUCAGGAGUGUCAGAAGAAGCUGGGACACAAACUGGGCCUGGACUCGUACCUGCUGAAACCCGUGCAACGCCUCACCAAGUAUCAACUGCUGCUGAAGGAGCUGCUGAAAUACAGCACAGACGGCGAAGCUUCCUCUGAGCUGCAGGGGGCGCUAACAGCCAUGCUGGACCUGCUCAAGUCAGUCAACGACUCCAUGCAUCAGAUAGCCAUCACGGGAUAUGAGGGGGACAUUUGCGAGCUGGGCCGCAUGUUGAUGCAAGGCUCCUUCAGCGUGUGGAUCAGCCACAAGAGGGGUCCCACUCGCAUGAAGGAGCUGGCCCGCUUCAAGCCCAUGCAGAGGCACCUCUUCCUCUAUGAGACGGUGCUGCUGUUCUGCAAGAGGAGGGAGGAGCACGGAGACGCCUGCGAUAAGACGCCCUCGUACGGCUUCAAGCACUGCAUCAAGAUGACUGCUGUGGGGAUCACCGAGAACGUCAAAGGAGACGCGAGGAAGUUUGAGAUCUGGUACAGCGGCAGGGAGGAAGUCUAUGUGGUUCAGGCUCCCAGCGUGGAGGUGAAGACGUCCUGGCUCAGCGAGCUACGACGAAUCUUGACCAACCAGCAGAGGUUACUACGAGAUGAGGCCCAUCAAAACGGACAACUGGUGGAGCGCAUGCAGCUGUCUCCCCCGCCUUGUGACAGUAAGCAGCAGAGGGCGUCGGUGAGCUCAGAGGACACAGAGUCAGGGAGGAGCAGUCCAGAUGGUCAGCGGCGCUCGCCAAAACGACAGCUAAAUCGCAGGAGUUGGCCUGGAGCUCAUCACUCAGUGAGCGUUAGCGAGGGUCUGGAGGAGACCAGUGGCAUCCGGGACCACCACUCUGAUGCACAACUGGUCAAUCUGUGAAGUGUAGUAGUGCAGUGUUGUAGUGUAGUAGUGCAGUGUUGUAGUGUUGUAGUGUAGUGUUGUAGUGUUGUAGUGUAGUGUUGUAGUGUAGUAGUGCAGUGUUGUAGUGUUGUAGUGUAGUGUUGUAGUGUAGUGUUGUAGUGUUGUAGUGUAGUGUAGUGUAUUGUGGUAGUGUAGUGUUGUAGUGUAGUGUGGUAGUGUUGUAGUGUAGUGUAUUGUAGUAGUGUAGUGUUGUAGUGUAGUGUAGUUUGGUAGUGUUGUAGUGUAGUGUAGUGUUGUAGUGUAGUGUAGUGUUGUAGUGUAGUGUUGUAGUGUAUUGUAGUAGUGUAGUGUUGUAGUGUAGUGUAGUGUUGUAGUGUAGUGUAGUGUAGUGUAUUGUAGUAGUGUAGUGUUGUAGUGUAGUGUAUUGUAGUAGUGUAGUGUUGUAGUGUAGUGUAGUGUGGUAGUGUUGUAGUGUAGUGUAUUUUAGUGUAAUGUAGUAGUAUUGUAGGGUAAUGUACUGUAUUGUAGUGUAGUGUAGUAGUAUUGUAGGGUAAUGUAUUGUAGUGUUGUGGUGUAGUGUAGUGUAGUGUAGUAGUUUUGUAGUGUCGUAGCGUAGCGUAGCAUAGUAGUGUAGUGUUGUACUGCAGUGUAGUGUAGAUUUUGCAGUGAAGUGUUUGAUCUGAGAAGUAUGGUUGCCUGAAAGGGUGAAAAAGCACCAUAAUUUCAUUAUUUGUUAUUAAAUAUGUGCAUUCUUGUUCAUACAAUCUGUGUGUGUGUGUGCGUGUGCGCGCGCAUGUGUGUGUGUGUGUGUGUCAGUCUCCGGGCAGAUAUCGGGCCCUUGCUGACUGUCUUCAGAACGGACCUGACAGCGUGGCCAUCGCAUGUGGUGAUAUCAUCCAGCUGACGUGUGAAGACAGCAGAGGUGGAUGGUUGGUGAAGAAUCUGAGUCAGCACCAGGACGGCUUCAUUGCGUC